AUGGGUACGUUCAAGUCUCCCAGUCCGGAUGGCUUUCAGCCUGGCUUUUACCAGCAUGGUUGGGAUGUGGUUGGUCCAUCAGUGGUUCACUUUGUGCUGGAGCUUUUUUAUAGAGGGCUUCUACCGGAGGCAACAAAUGACGCUUUGGUUGUUUUAAUCUCUAAGGUGUUGAAAGCAGAAUUGAUGUCACAGUUUCAUCCUAUUAGUUUGUGUGGUGUUUUGUUUAAGAAGAUUACAAAAACAAUGGUCAACAGGAUGAAGAAGGUGAUGCCUAAACUUAUUGGACAUGCUCAGUCCAGUUUCAUUCCAAGGAGACUAAGCACAAACAAUAUUAUUGUGGUUCAAGAGGCGUGGGACUUCUUAGAGGAAACUCUUAAGGUUGCGGAUUUUUCAGAGAAUUGGCGUCAGUGGAACAUGCAGUGUGUUAAGGGGCCAUCAAUGACAAUUCUGUGGAAUGGGGAAAAAACAACAAUUUACACCAUCAAGAGGGCUGCGCCAAGGAGAUCCAUUGUCGCCUUACCUCUUUGUUCUAUGUUUGGAGAGGCUGUGCCAUCUCAUUGA